CCCGCCGCCUGGGCUUGCGCUCGCCGCCUCAGUGGCUCUGCGGGUCACGGAGACAUCGUGCUUCGGCUGCUGCCCCACGAAGCAGAGCCCUCGACCCCAGGGGACUGCAGCAGGGCCGUAACGGCGGGGACGACGCCGCAGCUAGGCGGUCCGGGGAGGCCCGGCCGCGCUAGGGCCACCCCAGCCUUGAGACCCCGCCAGCUGCGGGGAACGCUCUGCCCCCGGUGCACCGAAUCGGGGCCAUGACCGGGGGGGCUGGGGUGUGCGAGAGUGAGUGAGGACUACAUUUCCUGUCGUCCCCCGCGCGGGGCGCCGCUCUGCUCAGGCGCGCUGCUGCCCGUCCCGCGGGAGCUGGGGCGGCCCAAGAUGGCGGCGCGCUGGAGCAGCGAGAAUGUGGUGGUGGAGUUCCGCGACGCCCAGGCGACUGCGAUGUCAGUGGAUUGCCUGGGACAGCAUGCAGUGCUCUCAGGCCGCCGUUUCCUCUACAUAGUCAAUCUGGACGCACCAAACGAGGGGCAUCGAAAGAUCUCACGACAGAGCAAGUGGGACAUAGGGGCAGUGCAGUGGAACCCGCAUGACAGCUAUGCAUACUACUUUGCAGCUUCAAGCAAUCAGCGUGUUGACCUGUAUAAGUGGAAGGAAGGGAAUGGGGAAGUCUGCACAUCACUGCAAGGACACACGCGUGUCAUCAGUGACCUGGACUGGGCAGUGUUUGAGCCAGACCUGCUGGUCACCAGUUCUGUUGACACAUACAUCUACAUCUGGGACAUCAAAGAUACCAGGAAGCCUACAGUCUCGCUCUCUGCAGUUGCUGGAGCUUCCCAGGUGAAAUGGAACAAGAAGAAUGCCAACUGUUUAGCAACAAGCCAUGAUGGGGAUGUCCGAAUAUGGGACAAAAGGAAACCCAGUACUGCAGUAGAGUACUUGGCAGCUCAUCUCUCUAAAAUCCAUGGUCUGGAUUGGCAUCCUGACAAUGAGUAUACACUGGCCACUUCAAGCCAGGACAACUCUGUCAGGUUCUGGGAUUACCGUCAGCCUCGGAAAUACCUUAAUAUCCUUCCCUGCCAGGUUCCUGUCUGGAAGGCAAGGUACACGCCUUUCAGCAAUGGGCUGGUGACAGUAAUGGUCCCCCAACUCCGCCGGGAGAACAGUCUCCUUCUCUGGAAUGUCUUUGACUUGAACACGCCUGUCCACACCUUUGUGGGACAUGAUGAUGUGGUGCUGGAAUUUCAGUGGAGGAAGCAAAAAGAAGGUUCUAAAGACUACCAGCUGGUUACGUGGUCCCGUGAUCAGACUCUGCGCAUGUGGCGGAUUGACUCUCAGCUGCAGAGGCUAUGUGCUAAUGAUAUCCUGGAUGGAGUGGAGGACCUCAUAGAUGGGAUUUCUCAUCUGCCAGAGCCAGACAAGACCCUUCACUCACAGGACUCGGAGCCCCAGCAUAACUCUGGACAUGGGGAUGAGGAAGCCUUAAAAGAAGAUUUCCUGAGUGACCCACUGGUGGGAAAGAAAACAGAGCAAUUGGGGCUGCCCCAAACACUGCAGCAAGAGUUCUCGCUGAUCAAUGUGCAGAUCCGAAAUGUCAAUGUGGAGAUGGAUGCGGUGAGUCGUAGCUGUACAGUGUCAGUGCAUUGUGGCAACCACAGAGUCAGGAUGCUGGUGAUGUUCCCUGUCCAGUAUCCCAAUAAUGCUGCACCGUCCUUCCAGUUCAUCAACCCAACUUCAAUCACUGCUUCCAUGAAGGCAAAGCUGCUGAAGAUACUGAAAGACACUUCUCUGCAGAAAGUGAAGCGGAACCAGAGCUGCCUGGAGCCCUGCCUGCGUCAGCUGGUCUCCUGGCUGGAGUCUGUUGUGAACCAAGAGGACAGUACAUCCAGCAAUCCCUACGCUUUGUCCAACUCCGUAACACCCCCCUUGCCCACGUUCGCCCGGGUCUCCAAUGCCUAUGGCUCAUACCAGGACUCUAACAUACCAUUUCCACGGACCUCUGGAGCCAGGUUCUGUGGUGCAGGGUACCUGGUGUAUUUCACGAGACCAAUGACCAUGCACCGUGCGGUGUCCCCUAUGGAGCCCACGCCCAGGUCCCUGUCAGCUUUAUCAGCAUACCAUAGUGGCCUCAUUACUCCAAUGAAGAUCCGCACAGAGACUCCAGGCAAUCUGCGUUUGUACAGCGGGAGUCCAACACGCAGUGAGAAGGAGCAAGUCUCCAUUAGCUCCUUCUACUACAAAGAGAGGAAAUCAAGGAGGUGGAAAAGCAAACGAGAGGGGACAGAUGCCAACAACCGACCCAUUAAAGCUGCCGGGAAAGUUAUUAUCCAGGAUAUUUCCUGCUUGCUGCCUGUCCACAAGCUGCUGGGAGAGCUCUAUAUACUAAAUGUGAAUAAUAUCCAAGAGACUUGCCAGAAGAAUGCUGCCUCAGCCUUGGCUGUGGGACGGAGGGACCUCGUACAGGUUUGGUCACUGGCCAUGGUAGCCACUGAUCUGUGUCUUGGACCAAAGUCUGACCCAGAUUUGGAGAUACCUUGGGCACAGCAUCCAUUUGGACGUCAAUUACUGGAGUCCCUGCUGGCUCAUUACUCUCAGCUCCACGAUGUGCAGACCCUGGCCAUGCUCUGCAGUGUGUUUGAAGCCCAGUCCAGGCUACAGGGGUGCCCAAACUCUGGCCCCUUUCCUCCUCGUGCCUCCAACCUGGCCUCCCACAGCCGAUAUCCCAGCUUUACUUCCUCUGGUUCCUGUUCCAGCAUGUCAGAUCCUGGACUUGGCACCGGAGGCUGGAGCAUAGCAAACAAAGACACAGAGCAGGCCUCCACUCCCUGGUGUGAGUCUUCUCCGGAUGACUUCCGCUAUGGAAACCUUACGUAUCCCGAUCAUCGUGAGCGUGAGAAAGACCAGCAUGAGAAGAACAAAAGGCUCCUGGAUCCCGCCAACACUCAGCAAUUUGAUGACUUCAAGAAGUGCUAUGGAGAAAUCCUUUACCGCUGGGGCCUGCGAGAGAAGAGGGCUGAGGUUCUCAAGUUUGUCUCUUGUCCUCCCGAUCCCCACAAAGGAAUUGAGUUCGGCGUGUACUGCAGCCACUGCCGCAGCGAGGUGCGCGGUACCCAGUGCGCCAUCUGCAAGGGCUUCACCUUCCAGUGCGCUAUCUGUCACGUGGCGGUGCGAGGCUCCUCCAACUUCUGCCUGACGUGUGGACACGGGGGCCACACCAGCCAUAUGAUGGAGUGGUUUCGCACACAGGAGGUGUGCCCUACGGGCUGCGGGUGCCACUGCCUGCUCGAGAGCACCUUUUGAGCAGAGCUGACAUCUCGUGAGCUGCACUUAAUCUUUAAAUUCCCAAAUGAUGGUGAAUCAGCUUUCCUCCACAGUGUGUUUGGAGAAGAUGCCACAGGGAGAUUAAGCAGGAUGUCCUGAUGAUGCACUGCAGUGAUGUAUACAAGUGCUUCCAAUAUUCCUACACUUGUUGCUUUCAGACUGAUUUGACCAAAUUCCCUGUGUCCAUUGCUGGCAAUAGAUGCCAGUCCAAAAAAAUUUACUCCCUUCUGCAAAAGGGUGUAUGAAUAUUUGCUAGUCUUCAUGGAGAUGAAGAGGUGUUAAAAAGCUUCUUUGGAAAGGACUCUCAUGGCAGAGCCAAACUUUCUUCAACUGCAUAGUGUCUCUACAGGGACUCCAAGGGAGCCAAAUAGUUAAAGCAGAAAUAAUUCACAAGCAGCAGUGAGCUCUAAAGGCAAACUGUGAACUGGGCUUAGAGAACAAACAGUCCAUAGGACUGCUCGGAGUCGCUUUAGGAAGCAAUAAGGUGGGGUUAUUUUUUGAAUGGCUGUUUAUAUUUAUUAGAUUAUCCCAUAAAGCAAGAGUAAAAUCCUGGAAAGUGACAUUUUUAGGAUUACUUCCUAAAUAGCUUCCCUAUCACGGGUCUGUACCUGUACCUGGUGUGUAAAGCCCCACCGUGUGCCCAGGGUCACUGGGAUUAGUUCCUUUCUUCCAGCAGUUUUAGUCCUGUUACUCUUAAAGUAUCUCCAUCUGCUGCUCUGACCUGGUGAUAUAAUGCACUUUAACUUGCCUGUCCCUGCCUUGUCAGUGAUGCUGCCUUUUGAUUCUGGGGUUCAUGCAGCAUUUCCAUGGAUGGUGGCACCUGAGAUGGUUUCAGAAAGCCUUUGCUUCCCUACUGAGCUUGCUCCAUGCAACUCCUUUUGACUGUUUUCUCCACACUCUAUGAGGAACAUCUGUGAAUAAGUUGAGGUUUGCUGAGGGUGUGCUUGAGUGGCAAGGCUUCUGAGAUGGGGAUCAAUUUUUAGGGGAAAAGGGGUUUUGGAAGGGUGGUGGGAUUCAUGGACACAAAAGGUUUGUGCCUUUUCUCCCUGUGGAGCUUCAAUAGCAGAAUGUACUGGAUUUAUCUGUCUGUUUGGGGCUGUGCCCGUGGGCACUCCCAUCCCAGGGAUGCUGCUGUGUGGUUGUGUGCAUGGCCUGUGCACCCCGAGCUCUCCUGAGUAGGCUUCAGCCUCAGCUUUGGCUUUGGGCAAAUGCAUGGUGAGGGAUGAACCCACUGGAGUUACUGCCAUGCCAUGCCAGCACUGAUCCCAAUUUCCUGUGCUUUGCCUGUUGCACGGGGCCACGUGCUGUGCCUGAUCCCAGCCUUUGUGCCAGCUUUGCUGUGGAAUAAACAGAUGGGUGUAUCUGAAAACAUUAAACCAUUAAAGAUAUUUUUAAAGUGA